AAUUCACCCAGUUCCCCCAUGGCGGCUGUGGUGUCUGAAUCCCCCAGCCAUGUCCUGGCAGAAUUUGACUCUCUCGACCCUUUACUGUCAGCGCUGCGAUUGGAUUCCAGCCGGCUAAAGUGUACGUGCCUGGCCGCGUCUCGGAGAUGGUUGGCCCUGGGCAGUUCCGGAGGGGGUCUCAAUCUCAUCCAGAGAGACGGCUGGAAACACAGACUCAUCCUCACACACAAGGAAGGAGCAAUUUCAAGGGUCUCCUGCUGCCCCCACGAUGAUGACUAUGUGGCUGUUGCAACCAGCCAGGGGAUUGUGGUGGUGUGGGAGCUAAACCAGGAGCGUCGCGGGAAGCCCGAGCGCAUUUACGUUUCUUCCGAACACAAGGGCAGGAAGGUGACUGCCCUCUGCUGGGACACGGCGGUACUACGGGCCUUUGUCGGGGAUCACAUGGGCAAAGUGUCAGCAAUCAAGCUGAACUCUUCCAAGCAAGGGAAGGCUGCCGCAGCUUUUGUGAUGUUCCCGGUUCAGAUCAUCACCAGCGUGGACUCCCGCGUGGUACAGCUGGAUUAUUUAGAUGGUCGGCUUCUGAUCUCCUCCCUGACGCGCUCUUAUCUGUGUGAUACGGAGAGGGAGAAGUUUUGGAAAAUCGGCAACAAGGAGAGAGAUGGGGAGUACGGUGCUUGUUUCUUCCUGGCUGGGCGGAGCUCUGGAGGUCAGCAACCGCUAAUAUACUGCGCUCGCCCCGGAUCGAGGAUGUGGGAGGUGAACUUCGAGGGUGAGGUGCAGAGUACGCAUCAGUUCAAGCAGCUCUUGUCUUCGCCACCUCUGCCGAUUAUUAGCACACGGAUGGACCUCCAGUAUGACCCGACGCCUGGACCUCCUCAGUCUUUGGCUUUUGGGAAACUUCUGUUUUUCGGCGAUCACAGUGUUGUGACAUGGACAGACCGGGGGAUCUAUGUGUUUCUUCCUCAGAACGUCCAGGUUCUGCUCUGGAGUCAGGUUAAAGGCAUCCAGGAUAUGUGUGUGUACAAGAAUGAACUGUUCUGUCUGCACGUCGAUGGGAAGAUCGCCCACCUCUCUCUGAUAUCGGUGGACCGAUGUGUGGAACGGCUUAUAAAGCGGAGCUCGUGGGGUCUGGCAGCAAGAGUCUGUCAUCUCUUUCAAAAUGCUGUAAUUUCCGGCAAAGCAAGGAAGGUGUUGCCGGCAGAGAAGCUUGAGCAUGUGAAGUCCCAGCUGGACCUGGUGCUUCAGGCAGAUCUGGUCAAACAGAUGGAAGAGGUCCUGUCCCGCAUGGAGCCCAUGGAUUCUGCAUGUAGCAGCAGGCGUAGCAGUAUCUCUUCCCAUGAGAGCUUUAACGUGUUGGACUGCGGCAUCUAUCGGGUGAUCAGUCGCAGGAACAGCCAAUCAGACGAGGACUCGGGCUCUCUGCACAGUCAGACGCUAUCUGAGGAUGAAAGGCUGAGGGAGCUCUCCGUCCCAUUGGAGGACGAGCACCCAGAACCAGACACCGUCUCUCAUACCUCUGUGACCAUGGACAGCGAUCGGACUGAGCACACCCUCCCAUUCAAUCUCUCACUGCCAUUCCGUUCCACCUCACCCCGCAUGUCACUGCAAGCUGUCAAAGAAAGUGUCUCAAGCUUUGUUCGGAAAACCACAGUGAAGAUCGGAACCCUGCACAUGAGUCCUGAAAUUAGGAGGAAGCAGGGAGCCAAGGAAGAAGAGCACCCCUCUGAAGAGCCUGUGGAUGGUUUGGCCCAACAUGAAGAGGAGAAGACUGAGAUAGAACCUCCCCAACCAUCAACACCAUCCGUGGAAGAGAUUCUGCUAGGAGAACUGAAGUUUGCGACAUCAGAAGCCAUGCACAAACUUCAGGACCCUCAAGUGUUGUUCAACACGGAGGAAGUGGGAAAGGUCUUAAAGGAUUGGUUGGUGAACUUGGAGAAGGCUCUCAGUCCUGAAGACCCUACUAGCUCCUCUGAAGCAUCGCUGAACUCCUCAGGGGAAUCGGAGAAUGCUCUGACGGAAUCGUCUGACAUGGAGGAGGCCGAGAGGAAAACAUCGGUCUGUUCCAGGGUUGAGGAAGAAUUCGUCUUCAGGGUGCGUGUCCCGUGUUUCAUGGAGGAACGUCUCCAUCGAGACCUUUCCCAAUUAGCCAUGAUGUGCGUGGAAUUCAACGUUUUCGCUAGCCAGGCUUGUUCUGAUGGGAACCCGAGUGCCUGCCGCUUUAUACGGAAGUACCUCUUCCUCCUGGACCUCAAAAGGCUGAAACGAUGCGUCGCGCUGAAUUACGAUGAGACCCCCCAAGUCUGGGACACUUACAUUGAAGGCUUAAGAGAUCUGGCCGGUCCGGGUCCAGCGGCGCUGGCAAUAGAGAGAGGAGAUCUGGUGAGCGCUGUGCAGAAACUGAAGGAUAUGGAGCCUUGGGACAACCCCCUCCUCCUCGCCUAUGUGUCCAGGAUUUAUGAAAAAUUUGGUGAAUCAGCCGCGAGAUCGCUCUAUAAGUUCUACCCGUCCGUUUUACCCGUGGACGUGAAGCAUCUCUGCAGGACAAACCCGGGGCACUUUUUGGCUUACUUGGACAACCUCAUCAAAACGAAACCUGAAGAGCAAAGAUUAUCCCUGUUACAGUCCCUCGCUCAGCCUGAAUCCUUAAAGCUAGACUGGCUGCAGCUGGCGGUUUCCCAUGAUGCACCGCACCCUUCAAGCAGUUUCGACAGCACUGGAAACCCAAAACCCCGCUCGCACUUGUUCACCUGGGGCUACGGACACCUCAUGUCUCUCCUGAUUAAACUGCCGUCUGACUUUGUAACCAAAGAGAGCAUGCUGACCAUCUGCAGGACAGCUGGGUACUGGCAGGGACACAUCGCACUGUGCUUGCAGCUGGACAGACGGUUGGAAGCCCUGACCACGAUCGUGUAUCUGGAUGACAUGAGUCUGAUUGAUGAGAAAAAUGGUCUAUUACCGGAGACGAUGGACGAGUGGAAAUGUAUUCUGCACUUAGCACAGACCUGUGGCGCUCACCAGCACGGUGUUACAAACGGUGAUGCCCUCGUCAACGGGCAUUCUGAUUGGACAAACUGCAUUACUGUGGAGAAUGUGGCGCUUCUACUGGCCAAAGUGAUCGGCCCCGAUCGUGCUUUGCCAUAUUUAGAGGACUGGGGCCUGAUGGAGAACAUGUCUGAGAGAUAUUACGAGAUCUGCGAGGUCAUGAAGGUGGCAGAGAAGAGACAAAGAGCCUUAAUUCAGUCCAUGCUGGAGAGAUGCGAGCGAUUUUUGUGGUCACAGCAAGCGUGACCCCGCCACACGCCGCCUUCA